GGAUCUGCAGAAUUCCUCUACACAGCAAUUUUCUGUCGCACUAACUUUGUAUAUCCAUCAACAACACAGGAAACACCAGCAUUUAGAAUAGUUAUGUCUUUUACCUACUAGAGAGAGUGAAGACAGUUUUGCCAAAGAAGAGGGGUUUCUGUGAAUCAGCAGUGCCCCAGAAAGCGUUUCCCUUCCUGAGACUCCAGGGAAGUCUUGGAACGCAAAGAACUUGAAGAGGGAGCCUGGCCAAAUAGAGAUUUUUGAGCUGUGCUAGGCUCUGAAGCAGAUUUUUAGCACAAACGCAAAUCAAAGUCUGUGUGCUCUUAAAAGCAGCAUUUUCAUGAUAGAACUAAGAAAUAUCAAGAUUUAAAACAUAAAUAACUUGGAACACUCAGAAGAACAACAUGGGAGAAACUAAGAAAAGAACUGAAACCCAUAGAGUAAGAUGUCUUUCCAAGCUAAAGAUGUUUCUGGUGGCAAUAACAUGUGCAUAUAUAGCCAAAACACUAUCUGGAUCUUAUAUGAAUUCCAUGCUCACACAAAUAGAAAGACAGUUCAACAUCCCGACAUCUUUAGUUGGAUUUAUAAAUGGGAGCUUUGAGAUUGGAAAUCUUUUAUUGAUCAUAUUUGUGAGUUAUUUUGGAACCAAACUGCACAGGCCUAUCAUGAUUGGUGUUGGAUGCAUGGUCAUGGGCCUAGGGUGUUUCUUGCAAUCGCUGCCUCAUUUCCUCAUGAACAGAUAUGAAUAUGAAUCAACAGUUUCAGUUUCAGGAAAUUUGUCCUCAAAUAAUUUCUUGUGUAUGGAAAACGACACCCAGAUUUUCAGACCAACAGAAGAACCAUCAGAGUGUGUGAAGGAAGUUAAAUCAUUAAUGUGGGUAUACGUACUGGUAGGAAAUAUUAUACGUGGAAUUGGUGAAACUCCCAUCAUGCCUUUGGGUCUGUCCUACAUAGAAGAUUUUGCCAAAUCAGAGAACUCUCCUUUAUAUAUUGGGUUUAUAGAAACAGGAGCUAUCAUAGGUCCAUUGAUUGGACUUCUGUUAGCGUCAUUCUGUGCAAAUGUUUAUGUUGACACUGGAUCUGUGAGUACAGAUGAACUGACCAUAACUCCCACUGAUAGUCGCUGGGUCGGUGCAUGGUGGUUUGGCUUUCUGAUCUGCGCAGGAGUGAAUGUGCUCACUUCUAUUCCAUUUUUCUUUUUGCCCAAAACGCUGCCGAAGGAAGGGCUACAGAAUAAUGCAGAGAUCAUUAAAAAUGACAAAGAGGAGAAACAAAGAGAGGUCAAGAAGGAAAAGGAUGGACUUACUAAAGAUUUUUUCCCAUUCAUGAAAAGCCUGUUAUGCAACCCAAUUUACAUGCUUUUCAUACUGAUAAGUGUCCUCCAGUUCAAUGCAUUUGUUAAUAUGAUCUCCUUCAUGCCUAAAUAUCUGGAACAGCAGUAUGGGAAAUCUGCUUCGGAUGCUAUCUUCCUAAUUGGUAUUUAUAACUUACCUCCAAUAUGCAUUGGAUAUAUAGUUGGUGGCUUAAUUAUGAAGAAGUUCAAGAUUACUGUCAAACAAGCUGCUCACAUAGGAUGCUGGUUUUCUUUAAUUGAGUAUCUUCUGUAUUUUUUAAGUUUUCUCAUGGUUUGUGAAAAUUCUUCAGUUGCUGGCAUAACCACGUCUUAUGAAGGAAUGCAACAAGAUUUACCUGUAGGAAAUACUAUCCUUGAUGACUGCAAUAUGGACUGCAACUGUCCCACUAAAAUAUGGGAUCCUGUGUGUGGAGACAAUGGGUUGUCGUAUAUGUCAGCCUGUCUUGCUGGUUGUGUGACAUCGGUUGGAACAGGAAUAAACAUGGUGUUCCAAAAUUGUAGCUGUAUCCAAACAUCAAGUAAUUCAUCUGCAGUCCUUGGGCUGUGUAACAAAGGACACGGCUGUUCCAUGAUGCUUCAGUACUUUUUAAUCUUGUCGGCGAUCAGCAGUUUCAUUUAUUCUCUAUCUGCCAUACCGGGAUACAUGGUUCUCCUGAGGUGUAUCAAGCCUGAAGAGAAGUCUCUUGGUGUGGGAUUACAUGCAUUUUCCACAAGAGUAUUUGCUGGAAUUCCUGCACCUAUAUAUUUUGGAGCUUUAGUUGACUCCACAUGUUUACAUUGGGGAACCUUGAAAUGUGGAGAAUUGGGGGCAUGCAGGAUAUAUGAUUCUACCAAUUUCAGACGCAUCUACCUUGGACUGCCAGCAGGGUUAAGAGCAUCAAGCUAUAUUCCAGCCUUUUUGGUCCUUUUUUUUUUGAGGAAGUAUCAGCUACCUGGUGAAAAUGCCUCUUCAGGAACUGCGCUGAUGGAGACAAAGGUUACAGGGAAGGAAAAAGAGUGCAAAGAUGUGCACCAAAAUUCCAAAGAUUUGCAUGAUGGAGAGCUGAAAACUAAACUGUAAUGUUCUAUUGUGCUGUGCUUUCCAGAAGUGGAGAAUACACUGCAACUUAAUUGUUUCUAAAAUCAAUAGAGGUACUGCAGGUAACUUUAACUUUUCUUUAAGAACCUCAAAAAAAUUUUUUUUACUCAAGUUUUAAAAAAAUGUUCACUGAUGAUAUUUCUGAAGCAUCAAUGGAACUUGAGAUUUCCCUCAGAGGGACAUUUAUAACAAUCCUCAAAACAGCAUAUUAGAACCAGUUUUAUUUUUAUGUCAAACAGCAAUUUCUCUUUUAACUCAUGCAAAAUAAGGGCUUUAUUCCCCACAUCUGCUUUUCUACAUGAUUUUAAAUUGUUUCCUGUUAUGAGAAUCUAUUUAAGUCCAUUAAAAUUUUGCUUUGGUAUUUGGAUUACUUAGACUGAAAUUCUCACACUGCUUGAAUAUUUAAGAGUUUUAUUGUAAUUUAUCACUUCCAUGUGAAAACAGCUGUAUCUUCAUACUCCAUUUAGGAAUUGUUCUUUAUCUCUUCCUAGUCAUUCCAGACAUGACUUAAAAUAGAUUACUCAUUACUGUGCCAUCACUUGCUUAGAUUCUGUGCAGUGAGCUACUUUAGGGAAGAUGCAUUUCAGAAUAACAGGUAUGCUAAGAGUAAAUAUUUAUUUACUGGAGAAUAGUUAUUGGAGAACAUGGUGACCAGACUUAGGCAAAGGAAAGGAAGAAAGACUCUCAACUGAUUCAUAUUAGUCUUGAAAAUUCAUGAAAUUCAUAGGGAAUUUUAGAAGUGAUUUUAAAAUUUAUGACCCAUCUGUACUUUUCAUAUUUAUUCCUGAAGAGAUGUAUGGAUCCAACAAACAAUUUGGACUAUUUUUGUGUUUCUUAAUGCACUUACUUUCCUUCUAACUUUUCUCAAUGUUAUCGCCUGAUUUGUAUAGCUAGGUAGAUAUAAAUAUCAUUAGAGAGAAAAAUGAUAGGAAUGGCCCAAUAAUGCUCAGAGCGCCACUACAAAUAAAUGCUAUUGAAUAAAGCCAUGCAGAUGACAAAAGCAAAAUAUGAAGCUUCUUUUUGCAAUUUUCCCCAAGAAAAAUUUAAGUAACACUAAAAAAUAAAAUAAACAAACAAUCAUAAUGCUAUUCUAGCCUUUGGAUUUCUGUAACUCCUGUUUAAGUCAAUUUCUAAACACAAAAAUUUCCCUGAUGGCAUGAGCUGGAUUCUUUGCAUUAGUAAAGAUAUACUGGUUUCAGUUUCCUAGAAUGUUUAACAUGGAGGAAAUUAUAUUUAGAUUACUAUAAAAUGCAUGGAAAAUCUAAUUUUUUUUCAUAAUUUUAUAUGUUUCUUAAGAGCUGGGAGAAAAAUCAUUUGCAGACCCAGAUACCUCAUAACUAACUUUAACAAAUUUGGCACACUGGAAAUAUUCUUGUGGUCUUUCAAAAUUUUAGAUGUAUUUGCAAAAUUAAACCUUUUCUUCACCUCCAUUCUAAAAGGCAUUAUUCGCUACUUUCUUUAUCAGUUAU